AUUUUUAACAUUCGUCAUAGGCUAUGUUAAUACAAAACACACACACUGGCUAAUUACUGUCUGAAAUGUAAAUUACUCGACAUCAAUUACUUGUUUAUAGACUUAAGUACGACAACACUCGUGCUCAUGUGCUGCUGCUUAAUUAAACAUCCAUUCUUCUUCCGCGCAAAAUUACGCACGAGAGACGCCACCGCCUCUGCUCCGGUGUGCACAGCGUUGCUCUCAUCCCAGUGGCCCCCAGGAGCCCGAUACGAUCUGUGAUGAAAUCAGUGAAACACAACCAGCUGUUCAUAUGUCAUCUCGAAUUUAGCCGACAUCUGACAUGUAUGCUCAUGUAUCAUCUCUCACUCAGGCACAUCUGGUCACUUCGCAGCGCAUCCGAGCAGCGGGGUGAAGGACAGCCGCUGCGCUCCCUCCGCCCUCAAUCACCCUCCGCUAUUGGCCAGCGCGCACCGGCUUCGUUAUUCCAGUCUCACGGAUGCGCGAGACGCUCGCUCAGCGCGCGGAUGAGAGAGAUUCACGCAGAACUUCGGGUUUAUCGCUACGGGAGGGACCUGUUACUGAAGCCGCGGGAACGCACGGCACAUGCAUGAGAGCGGCACAUGCGAGCGGCUCCCCGGUUUAGUUGGGGACGCAGGAGACGAGCGCAGUGAUGAUGGGACGCUUUUUGAAGAAGGGACGAUACUCCUGCUUUGGCUUCCUCGCGGUCCUGGUUCUCCUGCUGCCCUAUGCGAUGGCUAGAGGGUCACGUGAUGGUCUCUCAGCGAUGUCUGGAACGCUGCCUCACUUCCUGCAGGAGCCCGAUGAUGCAUACAUUGUCAAAAGCAACCCCAUCAAGUUACGCUGCCGAGCACGGCCCGCUCUCCAGAUCUUCUUUAAAUGCAACGGAGAGUGGGUCCAUCAGAACCAACACACUUCCUUGGAGCACACUGAACUAGGAACCGGGCUGAAGAUCCGUGAAGUGAUGAUAAAUGUGUCCAGACAGCAAGUGGAGGACUUCCACGGACCGGAGGACUACUGGUGUCUGUGUGUGGCCUGGAGUCAUCUGGGCACCUCCAAGAGUCGCAAAGCCACAGUCCGCAUUGCAUACCUAAGGAAGAACUUUGAACAGGAGCCGCAGGGGAUGGAGGUGCCAAUCAAUGGCAUGAUCGUGCUCCACUGCCGCCCACCAGAGGGAGUGCCUGCAGCUGAGGUUGAGUGGUUGAAGAAUGAAGAGCUGGUGAGUUCUCUCGAAGACAUCAAUAUCGACACUCGAGCCGACCAUAACUUGAUCAUCAAUGAAGCAAGGCUGUCUGACUCUGGAAACUACACCUGCCUGGCCAGCAACAUCGUUGCAAGAAGACGAAGCGCCACAGCAACAGUCAUUGUGUUUGUGAAUGGAGGCUGGUCAUCCUGGACCGACUGGUCAGAGUGUAAUGUCCGCUGUGGGAGAGGAAUUCAGAAGCGGACACGGACCUGCACUAACCCCGCUCCACUUAAUGGAGGUGCUUUCUGUGAAGGAAUGUCUGUUCAGAAGAGCACCUGCACCUCUCCUUGCCCAGUGGACGGUGGCUGGGCCGAGUGGACUAUGUGGUCUGUGUGUAGUUCUGAAUGUGAGAGACAGCGCACUAGAGAGUGUACAGACCCAGAGCCAAAACAUGGAGGCAGACUGUGUGAUGGAGCCGCCCUGGACACAGACAACUGCACCGGAGACCUCUGUAUUCAAGACAGGAAGCUGCUCCAUGAUGUGAAGGUUCCACAAGCUGAUAUGGAGAGCAGUAAUGAUGUAGCGCUGUACUCUGGUCUGGCUGCGGGUGUAGUUACCGUGGUCGUGCUGGUCAUCGCUGUAACGCUGUAUCGCCGGAACCAGAGCGAGUAUGGCGUAGAUGUCAUCGACUCGUCUGCGCUGACCGGAGGAUUUCAGUCCUUCAGCUUCAAAAGUGCCAGGCAAGGUAACCCUCUGUUAAUGAACUCCUCCAUGCAGCCAGACCUGACCGUGUCACGGACCUACACCGGCCCCAUCUGUUUCCCUGACUCCAUGGAGAAGGAGCUCAUCCCUGAACCUGCACUCUUCGACCCCCUUCCUGACCUCAAAGUCAAAGUUCACAGUUCCUUUAUGGUCUCACUGGGUGUGUCUGAGAGGGCAGAGUAUCAUGCGAAAGCGCCUUCCCAAACGUUUCCUCGCGGUGUGGUUCAAGAGAUCGGAGGUGGUGGAGGCACGCUAGGUGGGAGAGGAAAGAGCCAGCUGGCUCCCGUCCAACCAGCGCUGGUCUCCAGUAUGAUGACUGGCAAGCGACCGCUGAGGACCAGUGGGGUGUUCGGGCACGGCGGAGGACGACUGGUGGUGCCCAACGCAGGUGUGAGUUUGCUGGUGCCUCACGGAGCGAUUGAAGAGGACACAACCUGGGAACUGUACAUGAGCAUUACCCAGCAGGACUCCAGUGCUUUGUCUGAUGAAGGUCAGGAGAUACUUUUGAGUCCAGAAGUAACGUAUGGCCCUCCUGGCUUGACCCUUUCCUGCCCUGUUGCCUUGACAAUAGCCCACUGUGCAGAUGUGAGUUCAGAGGACUGGAAUAUCAAGCUUAAGAGACAAACCCAGGACAACAGCUGGGAGGAGGUCCUGACUGUGGAAGAGGAGAGCACCACUUGUUACUGCCUGUUGGACACUCAGUGCUGCCACCUGUUGGUGGAGAGGCCAGGGUGUUACGCUUUAGUGGGAGAGGCCCUCACACAGGCGGCAGGGAAGAGACUCCGACUUGCUGCGUUUGGAAACAUGGAGCCCAACUUCCUCAACUACAGUAUUCGAGUGUACUGCGUCGAUGAUACUCCCCAUGCCUUUCAGGAGGUGGUAUCCGUGGAACGGGGUCGAGGAGGGCGCCUCCUGGAGGAACCCAAGACCCUGCUCUUCAGAGCGAACUCUUUUAGCCUGCAGGUCUCCAUCCAGGACAUCCCCCAGUUCCUGUGGAGCAUCAAACCUUUCACCACCUGCCAGGAAUUCUCCUUCUCUCAGGUGUGGUGCAGUAGCCAGUCUCCUCUGCAGUGUGCCUUUUCUCUGGAGCGCUACAGUCCAGCAGCCAAUCAGCUCUCCUGUAAGAUCAGUGUUCGGCAGGUCAAAGGUCAUGAGCAGAUCCUACAGGUCUACACCACCAUUGCUGAGAGUGAAAAAGACACAGUGCCAUUCUUCACACAAUCAGACUGUACCAUCACCUCCCAAACGGGGUCCAGGGCUUUCAAAAUCCCCCUGUCCAUUCGCCAGCGAAUCUGCGCCACCUUCGACACGGCGAAUGCCAAGGGCAAAGACUGGCAGCUCUUAGCGCAGAAAUUGCAUAUAGACAGAAACCUGGGUUACUUUGCGUGCCAGACAAGCCCAUCCGCUGUCAUUCUGAGUUUAUGGGAAGCUCAGCAUCAGGAAAGAGGCGACCUGGACUCUUUGGCUAGCGCUCUUGAGGAAAUCGGCAAAGUUCAGUCCAAACACUCCACCAGCGCAGACACUCUGGACCGCAUCAGCAAAACCAUCCCCUCCGGCGACUCCACCAUGAACCGCAGCAGCGAGGAGCUCGACGCAAACCACACCUAAGAGCGGUUUCAUCCGAAAUGAAGACUAAAACACUGUCCUUAUCGGAGAUAAGAGGGUACGACGAAGGGAGAGAGGAGGUGGCACUUUAAAAGGGUUUGCAAAGAGUUGCUCCUCCUUCUCCUUGACUGAAAAAACAGGGUGAUAAAGAUGGGUUGUGACCAAAUAAGACAAGCUUCAGUGAUUCACAGAAAACUCACACACGCACACAGUAUUCCUAUCAAAUACCCUUAAACGCAUCAGAACGAACUGACUUACACACUAAGCCUGUCUGAUGAAAAUUUGCAGCUAAAGAUUGUGGGUAUGCUUUCGCGAUCAUUUGUUUCCGUAAAAGGCAAACUGAGAAUUUCAACAGCCUAAAUGUUGACUUGCGAUCACAGACCGGGCUGCCUCGAUGCUUCAGAGUGUUGAAGAAUGUGUCGUCGUUUUUGUGGGACACUUUUAUUUUGCGUCUUUCUGUUCGAAAACCACAACGGUUGUUUGCAUUUCUGAGUAACUGUCUGAUUGCAAAUAGAUUUUAAAAAAAGAAAAAAACAUCUGUACUAUUGAAUACUAUUAAAGCCUGUUGGAUAGCAACCAGUGUAAACUGAAAGAUGUACUCAAAGAUAACCAAAACAAAACAUUGUUAUACGUUUACUUUUGCAGCCUAUCGAAAUAUAUAAUUAUUAUUGUUGUUAUUUUUUUUUGUCUGAAGGAGGGUAUAUAAAAGAAAGCAGAAAACGA